UUCAAGUGCGCACACGAAACGCUCUCCAUUCUAGUGAUUUUUUUGUUGUUUUUCUUAUUAAGAAACUCCUUGGGAAAUACCCAUUAUUAAAUUCGGUUCUUCACGGCGAGAUGCUGUCAACAACGAGCUCUUUCACCGCCCACCUUGUGUUUAUACUUUUUGGCGGCCUGCUGUUAACUCAUCACUGUGUCCAAGGUCAGGCGAAUAAAGUGUCCUCCAAGUUGGAUUUCGAUGAGAGCGAUGGCAGCAACAAUCAGACGGGUUUACCCGGUCAGCCAGGACAGGUGGGCGGAACUGGAAAUGGGAGCUAUGACCCAGGAACGGGACGGGGCUUAAGUGGUGGUGGAGGAGGAGUUGGUUCUAGUGGAGGCAGCAGCAGCGGAACAUCCAGCGGUGGCAAUCGACCUAAGAUCCAUGGCGUCCGGGUCACUGUCGAUACAGGCGAUGGACAGCAGCAAACGAAAGAGUCCAAGGAGAGCGUGGAAAUUACGGAUUUGGGGAAGCACAAGAAGCGUGUGGGCAUCCACACGGACAUCACGUUCGAAAUAACCUCCGAUUCGGAUGGAAAUGAAACCAGUUCCGCUCAGCAGCAGGGCGACAAGGAGGACGCCAGUGUUCCCAUUUACAAGGGUCGUGGCGGAAGCGACUCAAAGCACAAAACUCGCAAACCCUAUGAUCCAAAAUCCCAGUGGAAUCCCAACUUCUCCGGCGAGCAACGUGGCUACCAGGGCACCAAUCGAGGUGGCUAUCAGGGAUCGAAUCGCGGAGAAUAUUAUCCUCAAUACUAUCCCGAGUAUAGCGGUGGAAAUUCUGGUACAGGUAGCAUCUACAGGAACGGCGAGACCUGGACGCACUAUGUCCCGGUUUGGACAACGGAGAGAGUGCCUCAGGAACAGGGACAGAUUUAUCGGCGACCCAGUUGGAAGCCUUGUUAUUGCAUGUCCUCCGCCGAUUUUCGACGUCGUCGAGAUAGCAAAAUAGCCAGAAGAGAUCCCACAGAUCAGCAUAAGGGAGUAAUCAAUAGUGGCGUCGUCCAGGUGGUGGACGGCAAGCUGGAGAGGCCCUUUUCGUGAGGAUUAGGUACUCUCCUUAAUUGGAUUCUUUCACCUUUCCUAGCUUUAAGUUAGUCACUAAUUGUUUUUUAAAAUAAAACAGUCGAUGUAGUUUUUAAAA